UCUUCCUCCCCUGUCUCCCCUCUGGGGCCACUCAAGUUGGUAUCGGCCCUCUCUUCUCCGGGCAAGGGGUUCCAGCAUUCUAGUCGGAGUCCGACUCUGCGCCGGCUGCGUCUCUAGUUGAUCCUCCUUCUUUUCCUCCUCCUCCACUACCACUACCACUACCACCUCCACCUAUUCCUCCUCCUCCUCCUCCUCCUCUUCUUCUUCUGCCUCCUCCCCCUCGUCCUUCUGUUUCUCUUUUUCCUCCUGCUCUUUCUCCCCCUGCCCCUCCUCCUCUACAGCCGCCGCCUCAACCUCCUCCUGCCGGGCCGCUGGUCUAUGCCCCACCCCUGAGCCCGCAGUACUCGGCGACAUGUCCACUCCGGCUCGGCGGCGCCUCAUGCGGGACUUCAAGAGGCUGCAAGAGGACCCCCCUGCCGGGGUCAGUGGAGCCCCGUCGGAGAACAACAUUAUGGUGUGGAACGCGGUCAUUUUCGGGCCCGAGGGGACCCCGUUUGAAGAUGGCACUUUUAAACUUACAAUAGAAUUCACAGAAGAAUAUCCAAACAAACCACCAACAGUAAGAUUUGUCUCUAAAAUGUUUCACCCAAAUGUCUAUGCAGAUGGUAGUAUAUGCCUGGAUAUACUUCAGAAUCGUUGGAGCCCAACCUAUGAUGUUUCCUCCAUUUUGACAUCCAUACAGUCUUUAUUGGAUGAGCCUAAUCCCAACAGUCCAGCAAACAGCCAGGCUGCUCAGCUAUAUCAGGAGAACAAGCGAGAAUAUGAAAAACGAGUUUCGGCAAUAGUAGAACAGAGCUGGCGUGAUUGUUGACCCAGGACGAUACAAACGAACAGUCUGGUCAUAAGGAAAAAAAAAUUCUGUCUGUCCCCUACCUUCUUUUCCCAUUAGCAUCUUUACAUAUAUUUUGUUGAAAACAAAACAGCUAUUACGCUGUUGCCACCUUUCCUUGCUGAAGCUUUCUUUCCUCCCUCCCCUUCUGACAUUUGAGAACACCUACUACAAAGUCAAAUGUAUUGUACUCGGGUUACUUGUAAAAGAAUUACUAAUACUGAAUUCUUUUUCUGUGGUACUUCAUCUCCAAUUUUAGGAUGGUAUCGUACAUUAAAUGUACUUUCCACUAA